CAACUAUCGACCCCCACCUUCGCGUCGCUGCAUCUUUCCACCUUCCAUCUACUUCUCAGGGACACGUUUGCCCUACAACAGACAAAAAGACGCGUUUUUUCAUUUACAACGGACGGAACAGCUGCAAAAAACUUCGUGCUAAUAACUCGAACCUCCUGCGGCGCGCGGCACAUCGACAUACACAGAAAAUAGAAACCGUCUAAAGCCGCAAUCAUGGUUCUUCUUUUCGAACAUUCGAGCGCGCCUUUGCGCACGAUCCAGGAAAUUCAGUUCGGUCUUUUGUCGCCCGAGGAGAUCAAGGCGAUGAGUGUGUGUCACAUCGAGUAUCCAGAGACGAUGGACGAUGCUCGACUUCGACCCCGAGAGAAAGGAUUGAACGACCCGCAUCUCGGCUCCAUUGAUCGCUCUUUCAAGUGCGCUACUUGCGAUGAAGGCAUGACUGUCUGCCCAGGACAUUUCGGUCACAUCGAACUCGCCACCCCCGUUUUCCACGUCGGCUUUAUCAACAAGAUCAAGAAGGUGUUGGAGACGAUCUGCUACAACUGCGGAAAGAUAAAGUUGGAUGAAAAUAACGAUGCCUUCCGCAAGGCUUGCGGCAUCCGUGAUCCGAAGGGUCGAUUCAACGCUGUCUGGCGACUAUGCAAGGCCAAGAACGUAUGCGAUACGGAUAUGACCGAAGAAGAACAGAACGAGGCCGACAAUGCUUCGCGACCGAAGGUUUCACACGGUGGAUGUGGAAAUAGACAGCCUCAAGUUAGGAAGGAGGGGUUGAAGCUGUGGGGAACAUGGAAGCCUGAUAAGGAGUCGCAAGAGGACAAUCCUCAGCCGGAGAAGAAGCGAUUGACUCCUGGCGAUGUUCUAGCGCUCUUCAAGCACAUCAGCAAUGAGGAGAUCCGGAAGAUGGGCCUUAGCGAGGACUAUGCGAGACCGGAGUGGAUGGUUAUCACAGUUCUGCCGGUGCCGCCUCCGCCCGUUAGACCCAGUAUCUCGGUGGAUGGAACUGGUCAAGGAAUGCGAGGAGAGGACGAUUUGACUUACAAGUUGGGCGAUAUUAUUCGGGCGAAUGCCAAUGUUCGACAGGCCGAGACGAAUGGCUCGCCACAACACAUCGUCAACGAAUUUCAAGAUUUGCUCCAAUUCCAUGUUGCCACAUACAUGGAUAACGAUUUGGCGGGCCAGCCUCAGGCGCUCCAGAAGUCUGGUCGUCCAGUCAAGUCAAUCCGUGCACGUUUGAAGGGAAAGGAGGGCCGUCUGCGUGGAAAUUUGAUGGGAAAACGUGUGGACUUCUCUGCGCGUACCGUCAUUACCGGUGAUCCGAAUUUGUCCCUGGACGAAGUUGGUGUGCCGAGAAGUAUUGCCUCGACACUAACGUACCCCGAGAUCGUUACCCCUUACAAUAUUCACAAGUUGCAUGAACUGGUCAAAAACGGUCCGAACCAACAUCCUGGCGCCAAGUAUGUGAUCCGGGAUACUGGGGAGAGGAUCGAUCUACGCCAUCACAAGAGGGCUGGCGAGAUAUCGCUUCAGUAUGGGUGGAGGGUGGAGAGGCACAUCGUAGACGGAGAUUUCAUUAUCUUCAACCGACAGCCUUCGCUGCACAAGGAGUCCAUGAUGGGACAUCGUGUUCGUGUCAUGCCAUACUCUACCUUCCGAUUGAACUUGUCGGUCACGUCGCCUUACAACGCUGAUUUCGACGGUGACGAGAUGAAUCUUCACGUCCCGCAGUCAGAAGAGACCCGAGCGGAAGUGAACCAACUCUGCAUGGUGCCAUUGAAUAUUGUCUCGCCCCAGAAGAACGGUCCACUCAUGGGUAUCGUCCAGGACACUCUUUGCGGUAUUUACAAGAUGUGCCGGAGAGAUGUUUUCUUGGCCAAAGAUCAAGUCAUGAACCUGUUGAUGUGGGUGCCAAAUUGGGAUGGGGCCAUGCCUCAUCCGGCAAUCCUCAAGCCUCGACCCCGGUGGACUGGAAAACAGAUGAUCAGUUUGAUCAUCCCGGAAGGUAUUAACAAGGUUUCCCUGAAUGACGGCAACUGGUCUCCUCUUGAGGAUGACGGGCUGUUGGUUCAUGGAGGUGAAUUGAUGUUCGGACUUCUCAAUAAAAAGGCCGUCGGUCAAGCUCAGCAGAGUUUGAUCCACAUCAUCUACAACGAAAAGGGAUGGCGGAGGUGUAUGGAGUUCUUCAACGGUUGCCAGACGGUUGUCAACUACUGGCUCCUUCACAACGGUUUCAGUAUCGGUAUCGGUGAUACCAUUCCCGACGCUGCAACCAUAGCGAAGAUCGCGGAGACGGUACGGUCCAAAAAGCAGGAGGUUGCCGACGUGACCGAAAAAGCGCAGAAGAAUACUCUGGAACCUCUACCCGGUAUGAACAUCCGUGAGACCUUCGAGAGUUUGGUCUCGAAGUCGUUGAACUCGGCUCGUGAUGUUGCUGGAUCAGAUACGGAAAAGAGUUUGAAGGAUCUGAACAACGCUAUUCAGAUGGCUCGGUCGGGUUCGAAGGGUUCGAAUAUCAAUAUCUCUCAAAUGACAGCGGUCGUCGGCCAACAGUCAGUUGAAGGAAAACGUAUUCCUUUCGGAUUCAAGUACCGAACCCUGCCGCAUUUCACCAAGGAUGAUUACAGUCCCGAGGCCCGUGGCUUCGUUGAGAAUUCUUACCUUCGUGGUCUGACACCUCAGGAGUUUUUCUUCCACGCCAUGGCUGGUAGAGAAGGUUUGAUUGAUACCGCCGUCAAGACAGCAGAGACUGGUUACAUUCAGCGUCGUCUGGUUAAGGCGUUGGAAGAUGUGAUGGCCAAAUACGAUGGAACCGUUCGGAAUUCGCUUGGAGACGUUAUCCAGUUCGUCUAUGGCGAGGAUGGCUUGGACGGAGGUCAUAUUGAGCCCCAAAAGGUCGAUAUCAUCACUUGUUCGAACGCCGCAUUUGACCAGAAGGUGCGUGUCGAUGUUAUGGAUCCCGAAAAGUCCAUUCCUCCGGAGUAUCUGGAGGUAGCCACGGAAAUCGCCGGUGAUGUCGACGUCCAGCGAGUUUUGGAUGAAGAAUACGAGCAACUGAAGCGAGACCGAAAAUUCUUGCGGGAGCUUCAAUUGACCGACAAGCUGGAGGACAACAUGCAACUUCCCAUCAAUAUUCUUCGGAUCCUCGAGAAUGCACGGACUAUAUUCCGUAUCAAGCACCGCGCCCGCAGCAAUCUCCACCCUGUUGACGUCAUUAUGAAAGUGCGGGAGCUCGUCAAGAAUCUAGUUGUCGUUCGUGGCAGCGAUCCCCUAUCGAUCGAGGCUCAAGAUAAUGCGACCAAGCUCUACAUGUGCCAUCUACGUUCUCGACUAUGCUUCAGGCGAUUGGUUCUCGAAUGCAACCUUAACAAAGUGGCGUUUGACUGGGUGCUCGGAGAGGUUGAAUCUCGGUUCGCUAAGGCGGCUGUUAACCCUGGGGAGAUGGUCGGUGUGCUUGCAGCUCAAUCUAUCGGAGAGCCUGCGACACAGAUGACGCUGAAUACCUUCCAUUUCGCCGGUGUAUCCUCUAAGAACGUAACCCUAGGAGUUCCGCGUCUAAAGGAAAUUCUCAACGUGGCCAAGAACAUCAAGACUCCUUCUUGUAUCGUCUACCAGAUCCCAGAGAACCGGUUCAAUAAGGACAGCGCGAGAGUUCUUCGGUCGGCCGUGGAGCAUUCCACCCUACGAUCCGUCACCGACUCUACCGAGAUCUGGUACGAUCCUGAUCCCAAGGAAACAGUCAUUGAAGAGGAUAUCGACACCGUCCAGUCGCACUUCUUAAUUGAGACCGACCAAGACGAUGUCGAGGGCCAGUCGAAGUGGAUUCUACGUAUCGUUUUCGAUCGUAAGAAGCUGCUGGACAAGGAUCUGACGGUCGAGAAAGUCGGCAUGAAGUUGAUGGAGGAGUAUGGCAGUGACAUGUCAAUCAUCAUGAGUGAUGAUAACGCCGAGAUCCCCGUCAUCCGCUGCCGCAUGAAGCAUGUGGACUCAAGCAAGGGUCAGGAGGAAGACGUUGAUAGCGAGGAAGACGUCAUGCUGAAGCGUCUCGAAAACCACAUGCUCGACGAAGUCACCUUGAAGGGAGUCAAGGGUAUCUCCAGGGCUUUUAUUAAUAACAGGGAUAGGGUUAGAGAGACCAGCGAUGGAGCAUUGAAGCUCAAUCGAACCGACGACCUCUGCAAUGAGUGGAUUCUCGACACCAGCGGAACCGCACUGAAGGAGGUCCUGACUGUAGACGGCGUUGACACGACUCGGACAUACUCCAACUCCUUUGAAGAGAUCCUGAACGUGUUUGGUAUCGAGGCGACCCGAGGACUGUUGGUCCGCGAGUUGACACAGGUGCUGGCUUUCGACGGUUCCUAUGUCAAUCAUCGUCACAUUGCUGUUCUUUGCGACGUGAUGACUACCCGCGGCAUGCUGAUGGCGAUUACCCGUCACGGUAUCAACCGGAACGACACUGGUGCUCUGAUGCGUUGUUCCUUCGAGGAAACAGUGGAAAUCUUGCUGGAGGCCGCGGCUUCGGGUGAGCUCGAUGACUGCAGAGGUAUCUCCGAGAACAUAAUGUUGGGACAACUGGCGCCCAUGGGAACUGGAGAGUUUGAUGUGUUCCUGGAUGAAAAGAUGCUUCAGGAUGUUAUUGUUGACAACUCGCGCAUUACCGGGGCCGACAUGGGAAUAUCCAAGGGAACUAUCGGAGACGGAUCAGCAACUCCGUACGACUCGGCAUCUCCUAUCUACGUGGAUGGCACAUACAUCGGUUCUCCGGAUGCAGGCGCAGCAUUCUCGCCUAUGGGUCAUACCGGAUCGCAGACUCCAGUUGGCUUCCCGAUACUCACCCCUGGCGGAUAUGGUGGUAUAUCGCCAUACCCUGCCGGAGGCGCAAGUCCGUUCAAUCCAGCUUCGCCAUUCGGUGGCAGUCCUACUUCGCCUGGAAUCUUCUCUCCAACUUCGCCUGGUUACUCGCCCACCUCGCCCAAUCUCGGAUACGGAAGCACUUCCCCUGCCGGGUUUUCGCCUGGUUCGCCGUCAUUCCGCGCUGCAAGUCCGGCUUUCUCACCCACUUCCCCGAGCAUGCCCUACUCGCCCACGUCGCCUAACCUUCACGGAGGCGCGUCCCCCACAUCUCCGUUCUCUCCGACUUCGCCGUCGUACUCGCCUACAAGUCCCAACUUGUACUCGCCUACGAGUCCUGCGAACUACUCCCCGACCAGUCCCGAUUAUUCUCCGGCCUCACCGAGAAUGGACGGUGGCAACGGAGUUAGCCCUACCAGUCCCAUGAGUUACUCUCCCACGAGUCCUAGGUUCAGUCCUACAUCUCCGAGAUACUCCCCGACUAGUCCCGCGAUGGCCAGUCCCGGUCAAGGAUGGAGUCCUACUAGCCCAGGACCAUCUUACUCUCCCAACUCUCCCAAGGAAGAGGGCGAUACGCCAAAGGACGACUAAAUCUUGGCAGGCGUUGCAUGAAUGGAUACGGCGGUGGAAGGUGUUGUGACAUUUCGAAAGCCGAGUAUUUUGUGUGCUUCUUUGCAUUUGCUUCGUAGUCAUUGUCCUGGGUUUCUCUUUCUGUUUCGAAUUACUGGGCAUUCUUCUUCUGCUUGUUUGUGUUCGUCCGUCCGUUUUCACUUCGUGUACAAGCUUUCUGUAUUACUACUUUGUGACAUUUCCAC